CGAAGCUGUAGAAGUGGUUACGGUUACUUUGAACAUCAUCACUUUCCUCCCUACGGCCUGUGUUCCCCGGGAGGAGGGGGCGGGGGAGACCCCGGGCCGGGGCGAUGGCGGCUCACAAGCCGGUGGAGUGGGUGCAGGCCGUUGUAAAUCGCUUCGAUGAGCAGCUUCCAAUCAAAGCUGGACAACAGAAUACCCACACCAAAGUGAGCAUGGAGCACAACAAGGAAUGUCUCAUAAACAUUUCAAAGUACAAAUUUUCUCUGGUCAUAAGUGGACUAACAAAUAUCUUAAAAAACGUAAACAACAUGCGAAUAUUUGGAGAAGCUGCUGAAAAGAAUUUAUAUUUAUCUCAAUUAAUUAUAUUGGACACACUGGAAAAAUGUCUCGCUGGGCAACCGAAAGACUGCAUGCGAUUGGAUGAGACAAUGCUGGUGAAACAGUUGCUACCAGAAAUAUGCCAUUUUAUCCACACACACCGUGAUGGCAACCAACAUGCUGCUGAGCUCAGGAACUCUGCUUCAGGGGUCCUAUUUUCUCUCAGUUGUAAUAAUUUUAAUGCUGUUUUUAGUCGUAUAUCUACAAGGCUACAGGAACUGACGGUUUGUUCGGAAGAUAAUUUUGAUGUUCAUGAUAUAGAAUUGAUACAGUACAUUAAUGUGGAUUGUUCAAAACUGAAAAGACUCUUACAAGAAACUGUCUUCAAAUUUAAAUCUCUGAAGAAAGUAGCUCAGCUUGCAGUCAUCAACAGUCUGGAGAAGGCAUUUUGGAAUUGGGUAGAAAAUUAUCCAGAUGAAUUUACAAAAUUGUACCAGAGACCGCAGACUGAUAUGGCAGACUGCGCAGAAAAGCUAUUUGACUUAGUGGACAGUUUUGCUGAAAGUAACAAACGUAAAGUAGCUGUAUGGCCUUUGCAAAUUAUUUUAUUGGUUCUCUGCCCUGAAAUCAUCCAAGAAAUAACCAAGGAUGUGGUGGAUGAAAGCAAAAUGAACAAGAAACUGUUUCUUGAAAACCUCAGAAAAGCUUUAACUGGGCAUGGAGGAGGAAAACCACUGACUGAAAGUGCUGCCAUUGCUUGUGUCAAGUUGUGUAAAGCAUGCACCUACAUUAACUGGGAGGAUAAUUCUGUUAUUUUUCUCCUUGUUCAAUCUCUAGUGAUUGACCUGAAGAAUUUGCUCUUCAAUGCCAACAAGCCUUUCUCCAGAGGAGCAGGUAAUCAGACUGCGGAUGUGGAUCUCAUGAUCGACUGCCUGGUUUCCUGCUUUCGAAUUAGUCCUCAAAAUAAUCAGCACUUUAAAAUUUGUUUGGCGCCUUCUUCACCUUCGAUAUUUCAUUUUGUUCUUGUAAACUCUUUGCAUAGGAUAAUUACAAAUUCUGCACUUGAUUGGUGGCCUAAAAUAGACGCUGUGUAUUGCUAUUCGGGAGAACUCCGUAGCAUGUUUGCUGAAACUCUCAAAAUUGUUAUGCAGUUGCACACGACAAUUCGUCUUACGCCGUGUGCUGGAAUUUUUCCUCAGAGUCUUACCUUUAAAGAGAAAAUGACAUACCUUAAGUUUAAAGAGAAGCCAACAGAUCUGGAAGCCAAAAGUUACAGAUACCUGCUACUGGCUAUGGUAAAGCUCAUUCAUGGUGAUCCAAAGCUGCUAUUAUAUAACCCAGGAAAGGCAGGUCCUGACACUCAGAGCAGUACUGCAGAAUUAAUUACUGGACUUGUGCAGCUGGUGCCUCAAUCAAGUAUGUCAGAGAUUGCACAAGAAGCUAUGGAGGCCUUGUUGGUACUUCACCAACCUGAACACAUAGAGCUUUGGAACCCUGAAGCACCAAUUGAAACAUUUUGGGAAAUUAGCUCACAGAUGCUUUUUUACAUUUGUAAGAAGCUGACUGGUCAUCAGUUGCUAAACAGCACAGAAAUUCUCAAGUGGCUGCGAGAAAUUUUAAUUUGCAGAAAUAAAUUUCUUCUUAAAUAUAAGGAAAGUGCUGCUGCUGGAAGUGGAAUCCCUAUAUGCCGUCAAGCUCAAACUAAAUUGGAAGUUGCCCUUUACAUGUUUCUUUGGAGUCCUGAUAUUGAGGCUGUUUUAGUCGCAAUGUCAUGUUUUCGAAAUCUCUGUGAGGAGGCAGAUAUCCGAUGUGGAGUUGAAGAAGUAUCUGUUCAUCAGGUCUUGCCAAAUUAUAACACUUUCAUGGAGUUUGCAUCUGUAAGCAACAUGAUGUCGACUGGCAGAGCAGCUCUACAAAAACGUGUCAUGGCUCUACUGAGAAGAAUAGAGAAUCCUACUGCAGGAAACACUGAGGCUUGGGAAGACACACAUUCCAAGUGGGAGCAAGCUACAAAGCUUAUUCUCAACUUCCCAAAAACAAAACUGGAAGAUGGCCAGGUCCAGGAAAGCCUUCAUAAGACAAUUGUGAGGAGGCGAAUGUCUCAUGUAAGUGGAGGGGGUUCUAUAGACUUAUCCGACACAGAUUCACUUCAGGAAUGGAUCAACAUGACAGGAUUUCUUUCUGCUCUUGGAGGAGUCUGCUUGCAACAUCGUAUCAGUGUAGGCUUGGCAACCUACAGCCCACCUAUGGGUGCUAUUAAUGAACGCAAGGGUUCAGUUAUAUCAAUGGUGUCUUCAGAGGGAAACAGUGAAACUCCUGUUAGCAAAUUUAUUGAUCGAUUACUCUCUUUGAUGGUGUGCAACAAUGAAAAAAUAGGGAUACAAAUUCGGACUAGCAUCAAAGAUCUGGUGGGCUUAGAUUUAAGCCCCGCUCUGUAUCCAAUGCUUUUUAACAAAAUGAAGAACAACAUCAGCAAGUUCUUUGAUUCUCAGGGCCAGGUCUUAAUAAAUGAUACAAACACACAAUUUGUUGAACAAACAAUUACUAUAUUGAAGAACUUGCUAGAUAAUCACACAGAAGGAAGCUCUGAGCACUUGGGACAAGCAAGCCUUGAGACAAUGAUGCUAAAUCUGGUCAGAUAUGUCCGUGUGCUGGGGAAUUUAGUUCAUGCUAUCCAGAUAAAGACAAAACUUUGCCAGCUUGUAGAAGUAAUGAUGGAAAGGCGGGAUGAUCUCUCUUUCUGUCAAGAAAUGAAAUUUAGGAACAAGAUGGUUGAAUAUUUAACAGAUUGGGUAAUGGGAACAUCUAAUCAAGCAGCAGAUGAAGAUGUGAAGUGCCUGACAAGGGAUUUGGAUCAGGCCAGUAUGGAAGCUGUGGUGUCUCUUCUUGCAGGUCUACCUCUACAACCAGAAGAAGGCGAUGGUGUUGAAUUAAUGGAGGCCAAAUCCCAGUUAUUUCUAAAAUACUUCACCCUGUUCAUGAACCUUCUCAAUGACUGCAGUGAAGUUGAAGAUGAUGGGACUCAGACCGGGGGUAGGAAGAGAGGGAUGUCUCGGAGACUGGCUUCCUUACGACACUGUACUGUCCUUGCAAUGUCUAAUUUACUAAAUGCUAAUGUGGAUAGUGGUCUUAUGCACUCAAUAGGGUUAGGAUAUCAUAAGGAUUUACAGACAAGAGCCACAUUUAUGGAAGUCCUCACAAAAAUUCUGCAGCAGGGGACAGAAUUUGAUACAUUAGCUGAAACUGUGCUGGCUGAUCGUUUUGAGCGGCUGGUAGAACUAGUUACAAUGAUGGGUGAUCAAGGGGAAUUACCUAUUGCCAUGGCUUUAGCUAAUGUAGUUCCUUGUUCUCAGUGGGAUGAGCUUGCUCGUGUCCUUGUGACUCUCUUUGAUUCCAGACAUCUGCUGUAUCAGCUACUGUGGAACAUGUUUUCUAAGGAAGUUGAACUGGCAGACUCCAUGCAGACACUAUUUAGAGGGAACAGCUUGGCUAGUAAAAUUAUGACAUUUUGCUUUAAGGUGUAUGGUGCCACAUAUCUACAGAAACUAUUGGAACCACUGUUAAGGACCAUAAUUACAUCCCCUGAGUGGCAGCACAUCAGUUUUGAGGUUGAUUCUACAAGGUUGGAUGGGGUUGAAGUCCUAGAAGAAAAUCAGCGCUGGUUGCUUGCAAUGACUGAAAAAUUCUUCCAAGCCAUCAUUAAUUCAGCACAUGAGUUCCCUACUCAGCUUCGUAGUGUGUGCCAUUGCUUGUACCAGGCAACUUGCCACUCCCUACUGAAUAAAGCUACAGUAAAAGAGAAAAAGGAAAACAAAAAAUCAGUUGUAAGUCAGAGGUUUCCACAAAAUAGCAUUGGAGCUGUUGGAAGUGCCAUGUUCCUCAGGUUCAUCAAUCCUGCCAUCGUCUCCCCUUAUGAAGCAGGAAUUUUGGAGAAAAAGCCACCGGCAAGGAUAGAACGUGGCUUGAAGUUAAUGUCAAAGAUUCUCCAAAGCAUUGCCAAUCAUGUCCUGUUCACUAAAGAGGAGCACAUGCGACCGUUUAAUGAGUUUGUCAAAAGCAACUUUGACGCUGCGCGAAGGUUCUUCUUCGACAUAGCAAACAAUUGCCCUCCAAGUGACACAGUUAAUCACAGCCUUUCCUUUAUUACUGAUGGUAAUGUGCUUGCAUUGCAUCGGUUGCUCUGGAACAAUCAGGAGAAGAUUGGGCAGUAUCUUUCCAGUAACAGGGAUCACAAAGCUGUCGGAAGAAGACCUUUUGACAAAAUGGCAACACUUCUUGCCUAUCUUGGUCCACCAGAACACAAGCCAGUGGCUGACACACAUUGGUCUAGUCUUAAUCUCACAAGUUCCAAAUUUGAAGAAUUUAUGACCAGGCACCAGGUACAUGAAAAGGAAGAAUUUAAGGCAUUGAAAACCCUAAAUAUAUUUUACCAAGCAGGGACAUCAAAAGCAGGCAAUCCUGUUUUCUACUAUAUUGCUAGACGGUUUAAGACUGGUCAAAUAAAUGGAGAUUUACUGAUAUACCACGUCUUACUGACUUUAAAGCCAUACUAUGCCAAGCCAUAUGAGAUAGUAGUAGAUCUCACACAUGCUGGGCCAAGCAAUCGCUUUAAGACUGACUUCCUUUCCAAAUGGUUUGUGGUUUUUCCUGGCUUUGCUUAUGAAAAUGUUACAGCAGUUUAUAUCUACAACUGUAACUCCUGGGUCCGAGAAUACACCAAAUACCACGAGAGACUGUUGACUGGACUGAAAGGCAGCAAGAGACUUAUUUUUAUUGAUCCAUCUGGAAAGUUGGCUGAGCAUAUUGAGCAUGACCAGCAGAAACUCCCUGCAGCCACCUUGUUUUUGGAGGAGGAUCUUAAAUUGUUCCAUAAUGCGCUAAAACUUGCCCACAAAGACACAAAAGUGUCUAUAAAGGUGGGCUCUACAGCGGUACAAGUAACCUCAGCAGAGAGAACUCGAGUCUUGGGACAGUCAGUCUUUCUCAAUGACAUUUAUUAUGCAUCUGAGAUCGAAGAAAUAUGUCUGGUAGAUGAAAACCAGUUCACAUUGACCAUUGCCAACCAAGGAACCCCUCUCACUUUCAUGCACCAGGAGUGUGAAGCCAUUGUCCAGUCUAUAAUUCAUAUAAGGACCCGAUGGGAACUGUCACAGCCUGAUUCCAUUCCCCAACACACUAAAAUCCGGCCAAAGGAUGUACCAGGAACACUACUUAAUAUUGCGUUGCUUAACCUGGGAAGCUCAGACCCAAGUUUACGGUCUGCUGCCUAUAACCUUCUGUGUGCCUUAACGUGUACCUUUAAUUUAAAGAUUGAAGGGCAGUUACUGGAGACUUCUGGUCUGUGUAUCCCUGCCAAUAAUACACUUUUCAUAGUCUCCAUUAGUAAGACUUUGGCAGCUAAUGAACCUCACCUCACUCUUGAGUUUUUGGAAGAGUGCAUCUCUGGCUUUAGCAAAUCUAGCAUUGAACUGAAGCAUCUCUGUUUGGAAUACAUGACUCCUUGGCUGUUAAAUCUUGUCCGAUUCUGUAAACUUACUGAUGAUGCUAAACGUCAACGUGUUAGUGCCAUUUUGGAUAAACUCAUAACUAUGACAAUAAAUGAAAAACAAAUGUAUCCUUCUAUACAAGCAAAGAUAUGGGGGAGUCUGGGGCAGAUCACAGAUCUUCUUGAUGUUGUGUUGGAUAGCUUCAUUAAAACCAGUGCAACUGGUGGUUUGGGAUCCAUUAAGGCUGAGGUGAUGGCAGAUACAGCAGUUGCUUUAGCAUCAGGCAAUGUAAAACUGGUUUCAAGCAAGGUGAUAGGAAGAAUGUGUAAAAUAAUAGACAAGACCUGCCUCUCACCCACCCCAACACUGGAGCAGCAUCUAAUGUGGGAUGAUAUUGCCAUUCUUGCUCGUUACAUGCUGAUGCUGUCCUUCAACAACUCCUUGGACGUUGCUGCUCAUCUUCCCUACCUCUUCCAUGUUGUUACAUUGCUAGUAGCAACUGGUCCUUUGUCUCUUCGAGCUUCCACCCAUGGGCUUGUCAUCAAUAUCAUACACUCCUUGUGUACUUGCUCACAGCUGCAUUUUAGUGAGGAGACGAAACAAGUAUUGAGACUCAGUUUGACUGAAUUCUCAUUACCCAAAUUCUACCUGUUGUUUGGAAUUAGUAAAGUGAAGUCUGCAGCUGUUAUAGCUUUCCGAUCCAGUUACCGUGACAGAUCCUUUUCACCAGGAUCUUAUGAGAGGGAAACUUUUGCUUUGACUUCAUUGGAGACCGUUACAGAAGCCCUGCUGGAAAUUAUGGAGGCUUGUAUGAGAGACAUUCCAAACUGCAAGUGGCUGGACCAGUGGACGGAACUAGCUCAGAAGUUUGCUUUCCAGUAUAACCCGUCACUUCAGCCACGUGCUCUUGUUGUAUUUGGCUGUAUCAGCAAACGUGUUUCUCAUGGACAGAUAAAGCAAAUUAUUCGAAUCCUGAGCAAGGGGCUUGAAAGUUGCUUAAAAGGUCCAGACAAUUACAACAGCCAAGUUCUAAUAGAAGCUACAGUAAUCACACUUACUAAAUUGCAGCCACUUCUUAAUAAGGAAUCUCCUAUGCACAAAGCCCUGUUUUGGGUUGCUAUGGCAGUACUGCAAUUGGAUGAAGUUAACCUUUAUUCAGCAGGUACAGCACUUCUUGAGCAAAAUUUGCACACAUUGGACAGCCUUCGAGUCUUCAAUGACAAGAGUCCAGAAGAGGUGUUCAUGGAGAUCAGAAAUCCUUUGGAGGAAUGGCAUUGUAAACAAAUGGAUCAUUUUGUUGGGCUUAAUUUUAACUCUAACUUUAACUUUGCACUAGUUGGACACUUGCUGAAAGGUUAUCGACACCCAUCUCCUACUACAGUGGCCAGAACUAUACGAAUCCUCCACACAUUGUUGUCUCUUGUAAACAAACACACGAACUGUGAUAAAUUUGAGGUGAACACUCAAAGCGUUGCAUAUUUAGCAGCAUUGCUCACUGUGUCUGAAGAGGUGAGGAGCCGAUGCAGCCUGAAGCACAGAAAAUCACUGUUACUGACAGAUGUCUCAAUGGAAAAUGUACCUAUGGAUACAUAUCCAAUGCACCACAGUGACCCUAGCUGCAGAACAUUAAAGGAAACUCAGCCAUGGUUGUCUCCAAAGGGAUCUGGUGUGCUUUUGGCUGCAAGCUACCCAACAGUGGGGCAAGUCAGCCCCAGAACCAGGAAGUCAAUGAGUUUGGAUAUGGGACAACCAUCUCAAGCUAACACUAAAAAGCUUCUAGGUACAAGGAAAAGCUUUGACCACUUAAUAUCUGACACUAAGGCUCCUAAGAGACAGGAGAUUGAGUCUGGUAUCACUACACCUCCCAAAAUGAGAAGAGUUGCAGAGAAUGAUUAUGACAUUGACACACCGAGAAUAUCAUCUCCGCAGCAGCAUCCUCAUUUGCGUAAAGUCUCUGUCUCCGAGUCAAAUGUGCUUUUGGAUGAGGAGGUCCUAACUGACCCAAAAACACAAGCUCUGCUGCUCACCGUUCUUGCUACAUUAGUAAAGUACACUACAGAUGAGUUUGAUCAACGAAUCUUGUAUGAGUAUUUAGCAGAAGCCAGCGUGGUCUUUCCAAAAGUGUUUCCUGUUGUACACAAUUUACUGGAUUCCAAGAUAAACACCCUUUUAUCCCUGUGUCAAGAUCCUAAUUUACUUAAUCCAAUUCAUGGGAUAGUGCAAAGUGUUGUUUACCAUGAAGAGUCCCCUCCACAGUACCAGCCUUCAUAUCUACAAAGUUUUGGUUUUAAUGGUUUGUGGAGGUUUGCUGGACCCUUCUCCAAGCAAACACAAAUCCCAGACUACGCAGAGCUGAUAGUGAAGUUUCUUGAUGCCUUGAUUGACAAGUACUUGCCAGUAAUAGAUGAAGAAGCCAGUGAGGAAUCUCUACUGACACCUACAUCUCCUUACCCUCCUGCAGUGCAGAGUCAACUGAGUAUUACAGCUAACCUUAACCUUUCCAAUUCAAUGACCUCCCUAGCAACUUCCCAGCAUUCCCCAGCUUCUCUGCCUUGCUCUAAAUCAGCAGUUUUCAUGCAGCCACUCCCUCAUCAAGGGAUUGACAAGGAGAAUGUGGAACUGUCUCCCACUACUGGCCACUCAAACAGCAGCAGAACUCGCCACGGUUCAGCAAGCCAAGUGCAAAAGCAGAGAAGUGCUGGCAGCUUCAAACGUCACAGCAUUAAGAAGAUUGUGUGAAGAUUUUUUUUUAUUUAUUUUACAGUUCCUUUUUCUAAAACUGACUUACCUAAGCGGGUGGUUCAACAGAAACCCAACGCAUAUUACGAUGCUGCACUUCAUUUUUUUAACGUUCCCAUGCAGUCAGCCAUGUUGCCAGAAGAUCAACACUUUCAAAGCAUUGCUUGAACUUAACACCAUUUGGUUUACCUGGCCAUGUUUUGUGUUUGACUUUGCUUUAUGACUUUUUCAUUUUUAAAUUUUCAUUCUGUAUGAGGGAGCCAUGAUCAUCAGAUUGUAAAUUUCAGAAUGAAGGAUUUUGUAGAUUUGAUAAUAAUUGCCCUGCCUAUUACUGCAUUAACCGUCUGAACAUUUGUGGCAUUUUCAUGGAAAUGUCCUCUUUGCCUUGUUUGUUUUUGUUUUGUUUUGUUUUUUAUUCAGUCUGUCUUUUUGUUGAACUUUAUUUUAUUAAAAAUGUUAAUGCUAAUCCUUUCUAGUGGCUUUGGUGGGGAAAGAAAUAAUCCCAGAUUUAAAUUCAUUUUUUGAAAAUUUAGCUGUGGAUUUUUUACCUAUUUGCCUAAAACAUUGUUUCCAGUCAUAAUAAAGACCUUAGAUUUUCAUGAAGGUACUUCCGGUAACAAGCAGGAUAUGUUCUGUCUCAAUGGGCCAUCAUCAAAUUUUUGGGGUACUCCAUAACAUUUAUAUAUCCUAUUUUUAUUUGUAAUAUGUGCAUUGGAAUGAACUGACCUUUUUGCCUGGAAACAAAAUAAAAGACAAAAAAAUAUAUAUAUAUUAUAAAUGCAAAUGAAGGAUUGCUGCCUUAACUCUGCACUAUAUUUUAAAGGCAGAUCCAACGUGGCAUAAUUUAAUUUAACCUAUGAUUAUGUAAAUAUAUGUUAAUUUUUCACAAAGUAAAACUUCUGGUAGGUGCAUCUAGCUGCAUCUAGAAGAUAAAGGGCUUAAACUCCUUUCUGUAUAGGAAAUGUUACUCCUCCUUCCACAUGGAGAAUGGUUAAGAUACAUUUCCCUGAAGCACUUAGGGGCAUUUUUUUCAUGCUCUAAAGCUGUGGUGGCCUUGGAAUAUAUACAUUGUACGUUUAGUGUGACUAGAGCAUAUAGUCCCUGCAGAAAAGAGAACACCUUGCAAUUCCAGCUAUCAGGAAAAGGAAGUGUAACAACCAAUUUCUGUGCAAUGCAAAAUCAGGUUACAUGCAUCUCCUUAAGCAGAAGAUGAAACUGUGCAAUGUUUAAAACUGACAACAUUCUACUUGCUUGCACUGGAGGAACAACUAUUGAUACUUGGCAUAUAAUGGUAUGUUAUGGAACGUUCAACACCUCUUGCCUUUGUUUCAAAUUUGUGAUAAUACUACGCUCCCUAAAGAGGCCAAAAAGCAAAUGCUGUUACCUAGGUAUUCUUCAAAAUGCUGCACAUCUGAUUUUUGCCCUCUUUGGGAGCACUGAACAAGAUUAUUUUUAACACAAAAGCAAGAAACGAAUAUCCCAUUAAUUCUCUUAAGAAGUAGUCCUUUAUUGCUUGCCAUAAAAUGUUUGACUUGUUUUCUUCCUAAGAUUAGUUUUAUUGCUUGCAUCCUGCUAAAAGAUGUGCAUUUCUUUUACUAAAGAUGAUUAAGUCAUUCUAUAUAAAUGACCAAAUGCAUUUGUUUGAAACUUGUAAUGUAAAUACAUUUAUAUCUUAUUUGAGGGCCUGCGCUUUGGGUAUACGUUUUUCUUCUUUUGCCAAAAUCUUAAGAUACCCUAGAUGCAUUGAGCAUAAACACUUUCUAGUUGUUUUUAUGCACAUUUCUGUUGUAAGACAGCCUGACUCUGCAUGCUUCAUCAGCAAUAAGUAAGGAAUAUAGCUGAUUACUGCGUUGGGACAAGACAACUUUGUUCCUUGCAUACUUUUUUAAAAUGAGGCAAUUACACAAGUAAAUUCGUCCUCCUUGACUUGCCAAGUGCUAGUAUGUAUUUUAAAUGAAAAGGGGAACUAUAGCUGUCUAGGUGAUUUUCUCUGCUCCCCAGCAUAAACUACUAUUAAUUAUCAUAAUUAUCUCAAUUACACACAGUUUACUAGGAGUAUACAGUGCAUCAGACUGAAAUAUGUAACCAAAUUAAAAAAGAAUUUAGCAAGCUGCGCACAGAGGUAAUGGAUGUCUCACUGAAAGCAUGCACUCUCACUGUGAAAUACAGCUCUUGCAGCAUUACAAGAAAUCACUCAUUUGCUGCUGUAUUACACAUAAGAUAUAUUCGUAUUAGCCACAAUGCUAAACCGUUAAGCUUUAAUGCUAUGAUAUGCGCAUACUAUUUUAGCAUAUCUUAUACUGAGAUACAAUGGAGGACAGUUAAUAUCUUUUCCUCCAGAAUAUUAAUCACAGAGGGGGAAAAUCCUUUUUGACUAAUGUGAGCAAAAGGGAUUCUCAUCUAGGUGCUCAUUUUAGGGCUAAAUGUAUUUACCGCUCACCAUAUAAUUCAGUACCUGGAUGCUAUUAUAUAAUUGGAACUUGAACUAAAAAUAGAAAGAGAAUGGAGUUAAAGAAACAUAAAUGUAGGUAAUAAAUGUAUAGCUAAAUUUUUAUUGUCUUUUAGUAAAUCAAACUCCACAGCUAAAUGAAAAGAUAAUGGUACAUAGAAAUGUUGGGAUUUAAUAUAUAUAUAUAUAUAGCACAUAAUCUGCAUUUAAUCACAAAAUAAAUCAUAUUUCACAUAUAUGUAAAUAAUUGUCUUAUUGUUUCAUUAAGUGAUUAUGUUUAUAAUUUGUUUACAGUCCUGGAAAAAACAAUGGACAAUAUAUUAUGCAAAUAGUCUGCCAAAAUGAGGUUCUAUAAGUUAUCUCGCAGUAGCUUACACGGAAGAUGCUGAGAACUAGCUUAUAUGAUGUAGACAAUAUAAACACACUGCACGCGCAUUCACUUGGAUGUGCUGUGUACGGUUAUCCUAUCAGUGGUUGGAAAAUUCUUCUGCAGCUGAAAUAAAAAGACACCAAUUAACAAGAAAAAGUCUGUCCACAGCUGACAUGCACAUCAGAGAUCUAAUGCCUUUUGUUGAUGGUGGUGCAUGUUUGCUUUAUGCAUUUUUGUUUAGUCAUCCUGCCUAUCAGAGAAAUACUGUAGAAAGUGAAUGCUUAACAUAACUCCCCCUAUUCUACAAUCAUUCUUUUUUUGUUUUAUGAAGGUGCAACUGCAUUGAAUUCAAAUUUGAGAUCUCUGUAGUGAAAAAAAGAAAUGUCUUUGCUUAACAUUGUUUUUGCUAUUUCUUUUGCAAAUUGUGUCUGCAGGCAGUCAUGCAUCUUACAUUUAUCUUCUAUUUUUGUAUAUAAUAGUGUGAAACAGUUUCAUUUAUAUGAUAAUAGACUGUAAGAGAGUUGAUCGACCUAAAAAUCUUACUUUCCCCUUAGUCUUAUAGAUUAAGGAGGAACAUUGUGUCUGAAACAUAAAACUUUGUCACAUUAUUUUUAGUAUUUGUUAAGUAUUGCUUGACUCUGAUGUGCAUGUUGGUUAUUAUUUUAUUACUGUAACCCUUCAGGCUCACAUUCAUCCCGAUUCCUAAACCGUGAUCUGUAUUUCUGCUGUAGGUUGUAUGACUUAAUCUCAAGAUUCACUAAUAUUUUUUUCUUUGUCUUUCCCAAUGUUAUGCAACAGACUUUACCACAAAAAAGUCACUUUUAAGUGUUAGCUACAUUACUUUUUUUUAAAGCCGUACAUUCAUCUGUAAAUAUUUUUUGUGUAAAAUUUGACAGAAAGGUAUAUUUACUACACUGUAAAUACAUGUGACAAUAUAUUGUAUUAUUUUGCUUUUUUGUAAAGCAGUUAGUUGCUGUACAUGUAUAACAUACAAAAUUUGAUUAUUCUAGUGUUAGUAAUUGUUAACUUCUCUCCUUCCUGCUGUUGAGUAUGUCAUUUAAAUGAAAAAAAAAUGCUGUGUACUACACUCACACUGUGUAUGAUAAUUUCCUUUCAGGCCACAACAUUUCAAAUGUUCCUUUACUCACUAUCCUGUUAAUAUUGUAAGCAAGUGUAUGCUAGCAGGAAUAAUACUGCCACCUCCAGCCAAACUGGUAACUAGAUGCUAUUAGCAAAUACAGUAUGGUUUAUCAUUACUGUUCUCAACCCAAUGUUCCCUCAUGUAUGUACAUCCCCUUUUUGAAGUAAAAUGAAAAUUCAGUCAGA